AUGGAUCACCGCCAACUUGAUGAAAGCAUGAGACCCUUUCCUCCGACGCCAGCAUCUUCAUCACCCACUUAUACCCCGAAUGAUGGCACACUAACACCGACUGUCGCUCGCUCUGAGUCUGGAACAGACGUCGAGCUCCAGCUAUACACAGGAGAUGACAGGGAACGAGAAGUACCUCCACAGACUACUGAAGCACCCGAACGACCACAUCAUAUCUUCUCAAAGCACAGAAAGUGGAUGACUGUGUACAUGGUCUCUAUAGGUGGAGCUUUUUCCACCUUGUCAUCCAACAUUUACUUCCCGGCAAUCAAUACAAUAUCCAAAGACCUUGGGGUCAGUGCCACGGACAUUGGCUUCACUAUCACCGUGUAUAUGAUUGUUCAAGGAAUAGCGCCUUCGCUAUAUGGCUCUAUCUCAGACGCGCGUGGUCGUCGAAUCGCAUUCGUUAUCGCCCUCGCAGUCUACCUCGCUGCAAAUGUGUCGCUAGCUUUCACGUCCAACCUGGCCAUGCUCGUGGUCUUGCGAGGAUUGCAGGCCGCUGGAUCGGCUGCAACAAUUAGCAUCAGCACUGGUGUGAUUGCCGAUAUAGCAGAACCCAAUGAGAGAGCAGGUUUCAUGGGGACCAACGCCGGAAUAAGAAUGAUUGGCCAAGCCAUGGGUCCUGUCAUCGGCGGACUGCUGAAUAGUGCCUGGGGAUUCAGAAGCAUCUUCUGGUUCCUGUUUGUCUUUUGUGCCUUGGUCCUCUUGGGAAUAUUGUUAUUUCUGCCAGAAACACAGAGGAGGAUAGCAGGUAAUGGCGAUGUUCCUCUCCGAGGUCUUUACAAACCCUGGUCCUACUACUUCAAACCACCUAAGGAAUGGCGUAAUGCACCCGUACCGCCAGCACCAAAGCUGGAGAAGCUGUCUUGGAGGACAAUCAUUGAGCCAUUGACUUAUAUCCUUAGAAUGGAUAUCCUAGUUCUCCUUUCCUGGGGUGCACUUGUAUACACCAUCUGGAGUAUGGUCACGUCCUCAACCACCACAGUGUUACUCAAGACUUUUCCGGACCUUACACAAUGGCAAGUCGGCCUCUGCUUUCUUCCAAAUGGAAUCGGAUGUGUGUUCGGAUCGGUAUGCACUGGUAGACUGAUGGAUCGAGCUUUCAAACGCGCCGAGACUCGAUAUAAAGAGGAGCAUGGACUUGCUACCGUCAAUGUCAAGUCCCAACACGACUUUCCCAUUGAGCGUGCCCGACUGUCACUGGUGCCUUAUUUCAGCGUUAUUUUCAUCGUUUCAAUGGCGCUGUACGGGCCCAGCUACGAAUUCAACGACCUUAGGAGACACUUUGCUGGGAACCUGGUAGCCUCCCUGGGUCUGCAAUUUAUCAUUGUAUCUACUGCAACAGCCAUCUUCAAUAUCAACUCGACGAUAUUGGUAGACUGCUUCCCGGAUAACUCGGCGGGCGCGACAGCAACGAAUAAUCUGUGCCGUUGCCUCCUUGGGGCUGUGGGCGUCAGCGUGAUACAGCCUAUGAUCGCCAAACUCAAGAUUCGCAACGCAUUCCUCGUGCUCACAGGUAUUGCUGUUGUGUUCUCGCCACUUGUCUGGGUUCAAUGGCGAAUGGCAGAGAAAUGGAGAAGGAAUAGAGUCAGUACCUAA